AUGGUUUUUUCGCGAUCUUCCAAACAAGACUUUUUUGAUAAGGCGCCCAAAAAGUACGACUCCUACAAACCAACUCUCCCAAAGCAUUUUUACGAAAUUGCUGAACGAGCAUUGCACGAAAAUGAAGCCAUUCGCUCCCAAUCGCUCGCCCAGAUGCGCGAAUGGAUCGCCAAAGAUCCCAACAUCGUAAAAUGUCGCACCGAUGCUUUGUUUCUUCUCCGUUUUUUGCGGCCAAAAAAAUUCAACGUGCCCGCCGCGUGUAUUUUGUACCAAAAAUACCUCAUAAAUCGUCAAAUUUACGCCGAUUGGUUCAAGGGACUCGACAUCCAAGAUCCUCAUUUGCUGCAACUUUUCAAAGAAGGCUUCUUUAUUCCGCUUCCGGAACGGGAUCAUCGCGGACGACAAAUCGUAAUUUAUCGUUUUGAGAACUUGGAUGCCUCGAAAUACUCGUCGACGGAUGUUUUCAGGUUGCAAGAAAUUUGUUUCCAGACCAUGUAUGAUGAUGAAGAGACCCAAAUUGCGGGUUUUGUCUUAGUUUUCGACUAUUCCGGCAUCACGAUGAAGCACGUGGCGAUGUUUAGUCUCACGGAUUAUCGAGAAUACGCGAAAGUUGUGCGUCAAUCGUGUCCGGUGCGCAUGACGAGUCUUCUGGUGCUCAAUAUGCCGGCGUUUUUGCGAGCUUUUUACGAAAUUACGGUGUCCUUCAUGCAAAAAAAGGUCCAAGAUCGCUUCCAAAUGUUCAAAAGUCUCGAGGAUUUCAAGAAAGAAGUCGAUGUUGACGAUUAUCCGACGGAAUAUGGCGGAAAAUUGAAGCUCGAGUCAAUUCUGAAGACUUUCCAGAAGAAAAUGCUGAAGAAACGCGAUCAAAUUUUAGCUUUGGACGAGAUGGCGAUCGAAAUUUCGGAAGAUAUGGACAAAGAUUGGUUCAAAUUGAACGGCAAAAGUAACAUUCAAGCUGGCGGUGUCAUCGGAAGUUUCCGAAAAUUGGAAGUAGAUUAG